AUGCACCAUUUGCAAUCCAGGAAGAGACACUCGAAGUUGUGGGGCUCUUCACGUACCUUGGAAAUACGCCACUUUAGACUCAACCAUUUUGAACUGGUCUUUACUCAGAGAAAGACAGCAUUAAUUCGCUCACAUACAAGGAGUUCUCGUGUGGUCUUCUCCAAAAACGAGUUUGUCAGCGCUCUUGGCCAACUUAUGUCUUCGGAUGAAUACGUGGAUUUUUCAGAAUUUCAGGCGUUCUAUGAAGGUUUAUCAAUAGCUCUUGCUGGAUGUCCGUUGGAUUCACUCACAGACUCAGAUGACAUGGAGACCUACGCGGCAAUAUUCGGGUCUUAUGGGAUGGCGUAUAAAGAAGAAAUGGACAGAUUUGAACGCCUGGUCCGUGGAUCGUGGGGAGUCUGA